AUGCCUUCCCCUUCCUCGGCCCACUGGCUGAGCCUCGUCGGGAGCAUCUGGCUGCAGACCAUCAACGGGCCCAACGCGGACUUCCCCGUCUACUCGUCGCAGCUCAAGGACCUGAAGCACAUCACGCAGGUGCAGCUCAACUUCCUGGCCUUCGCGUCGGACGCGGGCAAGCUCUUCGGCUGGUUCUCCGGGGUGGCGGCGCUGUACCUGCCGCUGUGGCUGGUGGCCUUCAUCGGCGCCGCGUUCGGUCUCGUCGGCUACGGGGUCCAGUACCUGUUCCUCGACAGCGCGGGCCUCCGGUACUGGCACCUGUUCCUGCUCACCUCCCUGGCCGGGAACGGCAUCUGCUGGAUCAACACCGUCUGCUACCUCCUCUGCAUCCGGAACUUCGGCUCCAGCAGCCGCGUCGCGGUGAGCCUCGCCACCAGCUACCUCGGCCUCAGCGCCAAGGUCUACACCAGCCUGGCGGACUCGGCACUACCCGGGCUGGCCGCCAGCUCCAAGGCCAAGACCUACCUCCUCCUCAAUGCCGUCGUGCCGAUGCUCGUCACCGUCGUGGUGGCGCCGUCGCUCAGGGUGGUGGACCUCACGAGCGAGGCGAGCACGGACGCGGCAUUCCUCGUAAUGUUCGCCAUCACGCUCGCCACGGGGGCCUGCGCCGUGGUCGGGAGCAUCGGCUCCACGUCCGGCAGCGGGCUGUCGUCGAGGGAGCACGUGAUCAGCCUCGGCGUGCUGCUGGCCACCCCCGUGCUCAUCCCGCUGGCGCUCAGGGUCCGGGAGAGCCUCCACAAGAUAAGGGAAACCAAGCGGGAGAACAGGAUCCACGACCUCGGCACCGACGACGCCGACGCCGCGGGCGCCGUCGUCGUCAUUGAUGUGGCCGCCGCCGCCGCCGCCGCCGAGAGCAUCAAGGAGGGAGACGGCGUGGCGGAGAAACCGCAGGAGGAGAUCGGCGGCCUCCGGCUGCUGAGGAAGCUGGACUUCUGGCUCUACUUCUUCAGCUACAUGUUCAGUGGCACCCUGGGCCUGGUGUUCUUGAACAACCUGGGACAAAUAGCGGAGUCGCGACGGCUCGGGCAGACUUCCACGCUCGUCUCGCUGUCGUCUUCGUUUGGAUUCUUCGGCCGCCUGCUCCCGUCCUUCUUGGACUACUACUCCGCGAAGAGUGGCUACUCCAUCUCACGGACGGGAUCCAUGGCGUCACUGAUGGCGCCCAUGUCCGGCGCCUUCUUCCUUCUCCUCAACUCGAGCGACCUGUUCCUGUACCUGAGCACGGCCGUGAUCGGGACGUGCACGGGCGCCAUCACGUCGGUGGCCGUGUCGGCGACGAGCGAGCUGUUCGGGACGGAGAACUUCGGCGUGAACCACAACGUGGUGGUGAGCAACAUCCCCGUCGGCUCCCUCUGCUUCGGCUACUUCGCGGCCUACCUCUACCAGCGCGGGGCGCGGGGCAGCACGCACCAGUGCAUCGGCGCCGCCUGCUACAGGGAGACCUUCGUCGUGUGGGGCGCCACCUGCGCCGUCGGCACGCUGCUCUGCGCCGUCCUCUACGCCCGGUCGCGCAGCUUCGCGGGGAAACUAGCAGUAAGGACACCAUCAUGCCUCGCCCGCUUAGCUAAUUGCCUCGUCGUGUCGUCGUAG